AUGGCGACAGGCGGGAGAGUCAUCCGCGAUGGGGACACGGUGGUCGCCUUCUCUCCUCCCAACAACACGAGGGCCGUGACCGUCGACGCGGCCAGCGCGUUCAACAACAAGAACGGCAGCUUCGACAUGAGGGACUGGAUCGGUCGGCCGUUCGGCUGCACAGUGUGGCCUGCCAAGCCGCCUGGGGGUCCCCCACUCUACCUGUUAGCCCUCACGCCAGAGCUGUGGACGGUAGUGCUGCGACACAGGACGCAGAUCCUGUAUCUGCCCGACAUCAGCAUGGUCUGCGGCUUCCUUGAGGCACGACCGGGGGUCACCCUGCUGGAGAGCGGCACAGGCAGUGGCUCCCUAAGUCACGCCUUGGCAAGGGCUGUGACUCCGGGGGGCCAUUUGUUCACGUUUGAGUACCACAAGGAACGGGCCGACUGGGCAAGGGAAGAGUUUGAAAGCCAUGGCUUGCAAGAAGUCGUCACAGUGACCCAGAGGGACAUCGAGGUGGAAGGUUUUCCCGAUGAGCUUUCUGGCAAGGCCCAUGGUGUGUUCCUUGAUCUGCCUUCUCCAUGGAAGGUCGUCCAGUCUGCCCACUCGAGCCUCAGGAGCAUCGGGGGCAGGAUCAGCACCUUCAGUCCCUGCAUGGAGCAGGUGCAGAAGACUGUGGAGAGGAUGCGUGCCUGCGGUUUCACUGACGUGCGGGUAAUGGAGUGCCUUGCGAGAGACCACCAAGUCAAAACGGUGAAGUUCCUCACGAACUUCACGGCAGGUGGAGGCAAUUGGGAAGGUCGUCAAGGGAAACGAGCGCGCACCCAGUUCGAGGCUGCCAAGGCUCCCGGACAGACAGAAGGUGUCGAGGGAAGCAAACCAACACAGCCUGCAGACAGCGUUGAAGGGGGGCCCGGGGAUGUCGAUGCUGAGCAAGGGCUUGAAGAUGAACCAACAGAGAAGGAUAUGUGCGUGUCUCAGCCCGGGUGGAAUUCGAGGGGACACACUGGAUACCUGGUUUUUGCACGGAAAUGGGUUGAGGUGCCAGAGCAAGGAUGGGCAAAACGGGCAACCACUGCGGCACCAAGGGAUCAGGCUGCUGCAUGUGACAGUGUUGUGCGUAGAACAGAACCCAGCGCAGAAGCUGAAGUGCCACUAUAG